AUGAAAGAUUCAACAGCGUUUGAAAGCUCACUGGAUCAGAACAUGGAUAUUGAUCUUAUUUUGUCAACUCGAUUGGAAGAGUUACAACAGAAGUUUCCUAAAUGUUUUCCAAAAUCAAUUUAUGUACUUAAAGAUGCUCAUGACAAUGUGCCGAAUGAAUGGAAAGAACGCUUGAUUGAAGCAAGAGGAAAAGGCAAUGGACAACGUAUUAUAUUGAUUCCUUAUAAUAUGGCAAGUUUCCAUUGGGCUGGAAUCUUGUUAAAAUUUAAAACAGAUCAAGAGAUUGAAUUGGCCCAAUUGAUGGAUCCAGUGGAAUAUUCUGACUUUUUUCCCGAAAGAUUAGGAAACGAAUUCGCUGAAAUUUACUCAGAUGCUAUGUUGCGUUGGACUUAUGUUGAAAAACAUCGCGAUCCAAGACAAAGUGCAAAUAUGACUAUUGAAAAUUUAUUAAAAGCCGCUGAAGAAGUUCAACUUACAGAUGAAAAAGAUACAGGUAUGAGACAUUCAUAUGGUCGAACAUUCGAUGAUCGUAAUGCAAGUAGCGUUUUGAUCGAAGAAGACGUAAAUUUUUUAACACCAACUACAUCAGUAACACAAGAGAAUCUAAGAAACAUAGAAGCUGGGGCAGGUAAAUCAACUAUUAUACAUUUUCUUGCUGGUUCUCAAAUGAAAUAUGUAAAAGUGAACGGGUUGAAUCAUAUUACUCCUAUUAGUAUAAAAAACCCUCAUCUAAAAACAAUAAAAACUUCACCGAUUGCUCAAUCUGAAACCCUAUAUUUUACUCCUGUUACAGUGAAUAUAAGAGAUGUUGGUGGAGAUACUGAUGGUGCUAUAACUCUAUGUGAUACCCUAGGAUUCGCAAAUACUAUUGGAGCAGAAGUCGAUAUAGCUAAUGCAAUAGGUAUUGCUAGAGCAGUUAAAGAAUGUAAAAGUGUAAAACCAGUUGUAUUAAUUAGUUAUAAGAGUAUUGGUAAUCAAUUUCGCGAUGUAAAAGAGCUGGCUAGUGUAAUUGUUCGACUGAUUCCAGAAAUUAAAGAUAAUAUUAAAGCUUUCUCCUUUAUAUUUACGAAAUUUCCAGAUGAAGAAAAAGGAACAAUUCAUCCAUUAUUAAGAGAUAUCUAUGAUGAAUUGAGGGAAGAAGAAAAAUCAAAUGUUAGUUUCAUGACUUUUUUAAAAGAUAUGUUACAGAAAACAAGAAGAUCAGUACGAGUAUUAGAUCCAAUCAAUAAUCAACCAGGAGAAAUUCUUGAUGAACUCGCAGAAUCUGCUUCUAUUUUUUAUCCAGAUGAAGUUUUUCAAUUUUAUAUCAUAGAAAGAUCAAAAACUAUUGUACAGGAGCAAGUAAGAAAACAUCAAUUAAGUAUUAUGUCAGCAACUAAACGUUCUGAAUAUUCCUUUGUACAAUAUAAACUUGCUCAAUUGAAUAGACAUCUCUCUGAAGAAUAUCAAAGCGGUAUUUCAAUAUUAAAUCGUUGUUUAAACAAUCAAACAGUUUUAAGUAUCGACGAUAUUGAACAAUAUCGAACAUGUAUUAAUCAUGAUAAACUUGCAGAUAAAUUAAGGAAUGAUUAUUUACGAAAGGAAGUUGUUCACAGUAGUGCAUUGAUUGUAUAUCUAGAUCAACAAGUAGACAUUAUAAUCAAAUCUUUACUAGAAAAAGAUAUUGAUGAUUUAUCAGUAAAAAUUAGUUUAGAUAAAAUAAAAGUUCUUACUAUGUAUUUUUCAGAUAUCAAUGUUAAAUAUAAAGAUGCUUGUCAACGUUUUUCCGAAAAAGACAUAACAAAAUUAUAUGAUGCAUGUAUUGUUUUAGAACAACAUUUAAAUCGUGAAUAUAUGACAACAAUAUAUUGUGAAUUAAAAAGAUAUUUUCUUGAAGUAUUCACAGAUUCAGUUUCAAAACUAAAUUAUAUACUUUCUCAAGAAAAAUAUGGAAAUGAGACUAUCGAAAGUUUAAAAGAAUGUAUACGUAUGUUUGAAACAGCUAUUAGUACACUGACUUUGCAAUCCCAUAUUUCAAAAGAGGAUAUUAAUCAAAUUUAUGAAGAUUUUUUAAUAAAAAUUAUGAAUCAUUAUGAAUGGAUUAAUGAAAAAAUCAUGACGGAACUUAGAGGUCAAUGUUCAUUUCGUGAAAUAGAACAAUUAUUCAAAGAGAUUACUUCCAUCAGAACAAUAUCUGUUAUUGAAUCAAGAACUAAUCAAUCUUAUUAUAGUAUAUUAGAACAAAUAUGUGGAUGUAUAAGAGAAUUAAGAAAAGAAAUUGAAGAAGUAUUAAAUGGAUUUUAUCGAAAUGAAAAAAAUAAUUAUAGUGGUCUCAUGAAAUCUCUUUCAACUUUAAAACAUGCAAAAUGGAUAGAAGAAUAUCGACUUGAAGUCUAUGCAGAUGUAAUCAAUAAUAUUAAGGAACAAAUUCUUAAACAUGCUAAGGUAGUAUUACCUGAAUUUUCAUAA